AUGCCUCCGAGACAUCAAACCUGGACACGAUUCAUCCCGUUGCUGGUCGUGACAUUGUCCCACUCGGUCACGCACUCCUCGGCCCUACCGACCGAGUUUCGCCUGUUUCCAAACGGAAUUAACCUCGGAAACAUUCUAGAAUCGCUUCAACACGCGUUAGUAGGGUCAUCAGCACAAGCCAACGUGACCGCCUCUUCCGAACCCGCAAACGCGGCAAUGGCGCUAACCAGCAUCAACGAGUUUGAUGAGCCUAGUUUGACAGAGUAUCCAAACGGUGGGGUUGGUAUCAUUUACUCUGUAGGCAAGCCAACUCCGCUCGUCGUAACCGACCCGUCGUCUUCGUCGUUGUUGCAAGAGGCGGUUUCCGAGGACAAUCCAUCGUUGACAAAUGCGGAUCAAACGCAGCCCACGUCAUCGGCAGACUUGUUUCGUAGUACCGCCGAUGUCACUAGUCUGACAGACGCCGUUGUUGCAGCCUAUUAUGCAGAUUGGGCAGUUGAUCAACUCGCACCCGAAAAUGUCGACUUUACACGCUUUAAUUGGAUCGACUUUGCCUUUGCGAUUCCAAACGAAAAGUUUGAGCUCGAGUUUACACAAUCGAAUUCGGAAGACGUGCUCCGUCGACUCGUGUCCAGUGCACACGGCCAGGGUCGAAAGGUCAAGUUGAGCAUCGGAGGAUGGACGGGGAGUCGAUUCUUUUCUCGUGGCGUCCGCACGAUUCCAGCACGGUCAACGUUUGUCAAGUCUAUCCUCCACACGUACGAAAAGUUUGAACUGGAUGGGAUUGACAUUGAUUGGGAAUAUCCGAAUGGAGACGGUGCUGGAAACGAAAAGUCGUCCAAGGAUACUGCCAAUUUUCUCAAGUUUCUUCAGUUGUUGAGGAAAUUGCUCCCAAACGAGGCGACGCUCACUGCUGCCGUGGCGCUCACGCCGUUUGCAGGUUCGGAUGGACAACCGCUUUCGGAUGUUCGGGAGUUUGCGAGUGUGCUUGACUGGGUGGUGAUUAUGAAUUAUGAUGUUUGGGGAUAUGCUUAA